UGCCCUGUUUAGCUGUCUAUUACUUUAUAUAUGAAUUGUACAUUUUUGUUACAUCUAUGAUCUAUCUAAUGGCUUGACUUUUCACCAAAAAAAAAAAAAAAAAAUUCGCAGAGAGGCAGAGCGACUGGAGGCAUUGAAAGGAGAUGGCAGUGACGGUGACGGUGACGGUGACGGCGAAACUUUGAGGAGGUACUGCAUCUCGAGACUUGAUGUAUGGUUGCGUGUUCAUUAUAAUUACAUCAUUUUGGUGCACUUGACCUCUCCCAUGCGUCACCUAUCGGAUGAGGGAAUCCAUGUGAGCUGACCACUUUAAAGCUCUCCAUUUUACCCAAAAAAAAAAAAAAAAUUGUAAAUAGUGUGGCUAAGUUUUUGUUAUUCCCUUGUAAUACUCAUCCUUGACCUGACAAUGUCAUAUGAAGAAGUUUUGAAGGAUGUAUUCCCGCUACUUGAAGGCACUGACCUCGCUGCAUGUAUGCUGGUAUGCAAGCAAUGGCGAGAGAUAGCCCGGGAUGAUUACUUUUGGAAAUGCGUAUGUGCCAAGAGAUGGCCUUCAAUCUGCAAGCGACCAUCCUCUCCCACUGUAACCUACCACAAGCUAUUCCAAACUUUCUAUAAACGCCAGCGUUGUCGGUCGUUCCUUCCACCACGACUGUCCUUUAAUGACUUGGAGUUCUACAUCGACAUUUGGACAGAAGAGAGGUCAAUCUUCUCAGAAGUUGUCCCGGGCCCUGCUCUCCAGAAUGGGAUCAGGAUACCGCCACCUGGAGUUAGUGACAUGCUAAGGUUCCAUCUGGAGGGCCCAGAAUAUAAAAUGGUGCUACCUGUGGAGCCAAAAUUCACCAUUCCACUGUGCCAGACAGUCAGUGUCUCAUUGCUUGUAGAACGCAAGGAUUCCAAUAGAGCUGCUUGCAUAAUCAACAAAUCAAUAUUUGAUUAUAUAGAUCGGACUGCCUAUAGGGCACUUGCAUUUGACUACCUUGAUUUCUCUCCUGAACACCCCUUUGUAUCUGGUAUCCGGGCAUGGAUCUCCCUUCUCUUCAUGGACAAUGGUAGUGAAGGGGUCAUUGAUGUUUUUGGUAUCGAAAUAGAUUUCUGUGACGCUGCCAACUCUAAGGAAGAGGUACUAUGGCUACUAGACAUUCUUGAUUGGAAGUGAAGGUCGAACCCUCACUUCUGAGGGUUCCGGGGAAGCUGAGUAGUUGAAAUGAUGUCGAUGACUCUGUAGCCUCAUUAAGAAAUCUGGCCUGGUUGGUAUAUUCCUCCUCGUGUGAUUGUGUGAAGUUUGUACAUAUUAAUUAUGUUUGUUUCCAAUAAUAAACUGAAGGACAAAAUUUCGUAUUUGUGUACAUUGUAUCAUUUCUUCGUAGGUCAGUUUUCUCAUGCUUAAUAUUCGACCUGAAUGAGAUAAUAUCGGACUUGUUUAAGGGCUGAAAUAGUCAAAUGCUCAAUUGAUUGCAUUAUUA